AUGGAGGAGGGCGCAGAGCAGCACGGCACCCAGCGCAGGUCUGGAAAGCGACCCUGCCCCCAAUACUUCUCGGGUGUUCCCCUGGCCCAAAACAACGGGAGAACCGCCUCGACCGCUAUAAGGCAGCGGGGGCUUCAUCGCUUCGUCGUAGAAUUCAUGGGAAUCCUCGGAGCCAGGAGAAGGACACGCAGAAGCGCGAAAACGGCACGUGGGGACGUGGGGAAAUCCGGGGAUGUGGGAAGGGGCUUUUCCCCUUCCCAGCGGAAAGGUCCUUCAGGUUCUCCACCCCGGAUGGACUCGCAACGCUUCUGCACGGUUCGGUCGGCGGCAGCCCCCGAAGGCUUCUGGCGUGCAGAGGGCGCCCCCUCCUAUAGGCAGAUGCAGCAGAUCCUGCUGACACCAAAAGACUAUCAUGAACAGCUUUUCCAGAAGAUUUCACGAUCCCAUUUGGGGGAAGCAGCCUCCGGGGUCCUUCUCAUCUACUCCCAGAGCAUACUCCACAUUCUGGAGGCCUCCAGCGGCACCCUCUACCACAUCCUCAUGGACCUGGCCCUCUUUGAACAUCAGGGAGCAGCGGCUUUAUUACGAGAUAUUAAGAUAAUGGUAAUGUCUCACAACAUCCCCACCAGACUUUUCUCACAGUGGAAUGCCACCAAAUUGGAAGUCCCUGUAACUUUGGAAGAUGUUACCCAGAGCCAAACCACAGAAGAAGUUAUUACUGAGUGUCUUACACUUAUUCUCAAGAUGGGAGUGUAUCUUGCAACACUCAAGAUGGGCAACAAAGACCUGAGCGAGUGCCUCCACACCGCUGUGCCGGAGCUGCUGAUCCCAGCAGAAACGAUCCAGUAUUUGUGCAGGAGCCAAGAAUGUCUGAGCCCGGCAGAAUUUCUGAAGAUGUACAAGAAGCCUUUGCAGCCACAAAUGGAUUCAGGUAGCUCUUCUGCCCAGAGGGGAGCCCCCCCAAGGUGGACCAGACAAUCCCCAGCCCAAAAGGAAAGUCUCCCUCCUCGGCCAGGCUCCAAGGCAGCUCCUGGUCGACAGGAAGCUUCCACAGGGCUCCACUGGGACCAAGCAAGUCACCAUUUUGCUAGAAAGCUGUAGAUUCUACUUGAAACUGAAGACGUAGAGAGAUAGAUGGUUUAUGCUUGGAAAGCUGGUGCUUUGCAGCUUAAGUGCAAGGGCCUCCAAAAUAGGCAACUUUAAGGCCUGUGGACUUAAACUCCCAGAAUUCUUUAGCCAGCCAUUAAGAAAACCCACCCUGGGUGAGGAAUUUUGGGAGUUGAAGUCCACAGGCCUUAAAGCUGCCAAGUUUGGAGGCCUCUAUUUUAAACACAAUUAGAUGAUCUUGGCAAUAUAUUCCAUUUAUCCUUCCAUCCCUGCCCCAGCUUGUUUUUAAGACCCCAACAUCUUUCAGUUAAAAUCGGGUGGGUGGAUGGAGAAAAGGGAGCCUCCGAAGAAAAUGUUCGAUGCAAAGAUCACGGCGUAAGAAAGGGACUUAUUUUAAUCGUUAACAAGGUUGCUCAAUGAACAGUUACAAGAGAUGCCCCUAAAUUACAUAUGACCAUUUCAAACUACGAUGGCUGCGGGGGCCCAGUGGUCAUCCGCCCUAAUGACCCACCACAGGGCCACUGCAGCACCCACUGCCCUCCCCACCCCACCCCUCCGCUUGGGCCUCCUCCACACAUGCUAAUCACGCCCCACGUUAUUUCUUCAUGUUGGGGAAGGAGGGAGGGACAAAAUGGCAGCAACUUCUGGAAUUGUUCCCUCACAACCAGCUACAGGGAUGCUGCAGGGCUUCUCUCCCCACCAUCCCACCCCACCAGGACCAUACAGUGCUUGGCCCUGUUCCCUCACACCUACCUUUUGAAGCUCUCCGGACUUCGUGCCAUGGAAGGAAGGCAGCCCAUGACAUCCCUGGGCCACGAACAUGGCAGCCAUUUUGUGCUGCCUGCUUGUGGGCGGGGAAGAAAAAUGGUGGCUGCCAGAUAAAUGGAUCCCUUUGCUGCCUUAACAAUGACGUCUCCACAGCUGUGUGAAAGCUUCUGAACAAGCAUUGCGCCGACCUUG